AUGGCAGAGACCUACUGGGCCUUUGUGAAAAACUUUUCCCUUCUGAUGUCAAUGGGGAUUGAGAGCCCAAUAUGGCCAUCCUUGGCAAGCAUUAAUAUAAGCCUAGGAACUACAGCCAUGCGGUUGGAUUCUUCAGAAGCAAGUGCCUUAGGAUGGGCUGUACUGAACCUACUCUCUGACUUUGAGCAGCACUUCCUCUCAGCCAGUAAAAAUCGUGUUGUAGGAGCCACCUGGCUUAACCAGCACUCUUUGUGUAGUCAUGCAGUACUCCUGGUCAAGGUGGGUCAGCGGGAACGUUUGGCUCCAUUUCGCCAGAAAGAAGGAAAACUCUACCUUAUUGAUUUGGCUGGUUCCGAGGACAACCGUCGCACAGGCAACCAGGGCAUUAGGCUCAAAGAGAGUGGAGCCAUCAACACCUCCCUCUUUGUACUGGGCAAAGUGGUGGACACAUUAAACCAGGGCCUCCCUUGUAUACCAUACUGGGACAGCAAGCUCACUCGCUUAUUGCAGGACUCUCUGGGUGGCUCAGCUCACAGCAUCAUUAUUGCCAACAUUGCUCCUGAAAGACAUUUUUACCAGGGUACAGUCUCAGCGUUGAACUUCACUACUACAUCCAAGGAGGUGAUUAACUGGCCUUUCACCAAUGAGAGUCUACAGCCUCAUACCUUGGCACCUGUUAAGCUGUCUCAGAAAGAACUGUUAGGCCCGUCAGAGGCAAAGAAAGUCAAAGGCCCUGAAGAAGAAUCAACUGAGAGCCCUGAGUCUAUAGCAGCUCCAGCUUCUGCCUCCCAGAAACUAAGCCUCUUACAGAAACUAAGAAAUAUGGACCCAGCCAUGUUGGAGAACCUGCUGAGCUUGGAUCAUAUGCUGGGCUCCCAGGGGAGCCAAGGGACACCUCUACUGAAUACUCCAAAGUGAGAGCGAAUGUUUUUCAUUAAGACAGUGGAGGAAAAGGACUUGGAGAUUGAGAGGCUUAAGAUGAAGCAAAAAGAACUGGAGGCCAAGGUGUUGGCCCAGGAGGUGCUGAAUCCAAAGGAGAAAGAGAACAUCCCGGCAACUCCCCAGCCCCUCCCUUCUUGUCCAGGCACAACCGCAAAGCCCCUGAAAAGGGCCGUGAUGAUGCCUCUGCAGCUAAUUCAGAAGCAGGCAGAGUCAAAGAUCCAUAUUCUGAAGAAAGGCCACAAAAGAAAGCUGGAGCCAUCACAUGUGUCCGAGCCUGUGGAAAAGGCUGAGGACUGCUGGGAGCUACAGAUUAGCCCACAGUUACUGGCACACGGACGCAAAAAAUUAUUGGAUCUGCUGAAUGAAUGCUCAGCCCGAGAUCUUCGCAGCCUGCAGCUCAUUGGCCGGAAGAAGGCCCAACUCAUCAUGGGCUGGAGGGAGCUCCGUGGCCCCUUCAGCAAGGUGGAGGACUUGGAACAGGUGGAAGGCAUUUCUGGAAAGCAGGUAGAGUCUUCCCUGAAGGCGAACCUCUUGGGCUUGGCUGCCGGCCAGCACUGUGGUCCCUCCUGACUACCAGCUCUUAACACUACC